ACAUCUAUCUUCCGGUUUAAUGUUGGGUCAGCUGAUUGGAAAGUCAUGUGACUGGAUCAAGCCGUGUGCGCAGCGCGAACGAUCUUGCUUAUUGUUCCUGAAAUAUGGAGCCUUUAAACAUAGUCACGGGACUGUUGCUUUUCAUUGUUAUCGCUCCAGGUUCUCCGGGCACAGUGCCAGGUGCGGAGUCAUGGGGGUAUGUGGAUGUCCGCGAGGGGGCGCACAUGUUCUGGUGGCUGUACCCCGCCAACGACGCGACGAGGAGCUACAAGGAGCUGCCACUCGUGAUGUGGCUGCAGGGUGGGCCCGGAGGAUCCAGCUGCGGUUUUGGGAACUUUGAGGAGAUCGGACCCCUGGACAGAGAUUUGGCCCCCAGAAAAACAUCCUGGGUCAACGCUGCCAGCGUGCUGUUCGUGGACAACCCCGUGGGCACGGGCUACAGCUACACGGACACGGCAGACGCGCUGACCAAGGACGUCGCCAUGAUCGCGGCGGACAUGAUGGUCCUGCUGAAAAGCUUCUUCGCGGAAAAGGCGGAAUUCCAGAGCAUUCCCUUUUACAUAUUCUCUGAGUCCUACGGAGGGAAAAUGGCCGCGGCUAUUGGGCUGGAGCUGACCAAGGCCAUUGAACAGAGGGCAGUUAAAUGCAACUUUGCUGGGGUUGCCCUGGGAGACUCCUGGAUUUCCCCCAUGGACUCUGUGCUCACCUGGGGUCCGUACCUGUACAGCACAUCCCUGCUGGACGACCUGGGCCUGCUGGAGGUGAGCAAGGCCGCCAAGGCCGUGCAGGAGGCCGUGGACCAGGGCCAGUUCCAGAAGGCCACGGAGCUGUGGUCCGUGACCGAGACCGUGGUGGAGCAGAACACCAAUGGAGUCAAUUUCUAUAACAUCCUCACCUCAGACCCUGACGAGAGGGUCAAGCAGACGGCAGCGUCUGGAUAUUUGGACGCACUGAAGCGCCGUCACGUCCAGCCUCUGCACAGACGCUCCCUCAGCCAGCUGAUGAACGGACCAAUCCGGAAGAAGCUGGGCGUCAUCCCCCAGAAUGUGACCUGGGGAGGCCAGGCUGGUGACGUCUUCACAAGCAUGGAAGGUGACUUCAUGAAGCCCGUGGUGGACAUUGUGGACCAGCUGCUGGCGGCAGGAGUCAACGUCACGGUCUACAACGGACAGCUGGACUUAAUCGUGGACACCAUAGGCCAGGAGCUGUGGGUGAAGAAGCUGAAUUGGCCCGGGCUCCCCGACUUCACCCAGCAGAGAUGGACGGCGCUGGUGGACCCCGCGGCCCCCGACCAAACCGGCGCCUUCUUCAAGGCCUACAAGAACUUCGCCUUCUACUGGAUCCUGAAGGCUGGCCAUAUGAUACCGUCCGAUCAGGGGGCCAUGGCCCUGAAAAUGCUGCGGAUGGUGACACAGCAGGAGUGACCCCCCCUUCUACCCCCCCCCCA